GCGCUUGUGCAUGCGUGACGAUUCAUACCCCACUUUCCUGGGAAAAAAAAUAAAAAGAAGAAGAUGAUGCAUUUUUCCAGAAAGAAGUAGGUGGCAUUAGUUUGUUGCAAAUACAAGCGCACUACGAGAAACAGGGUCAUUGAUGAAGGAGGAAGCUGUCUUGUCUCGGUCUUUCUCUAUGCUCCAUUACUUCCAUGCUUCCUUCAGAACUGUUGUUUGAUUAAUUACACAAGAUUAGUCACGUACGGUUGCGGAAAGAAGAAUCACCAGCUUAAUUCAUCAUAAUUUACUUAAUCUUGUGGAGGGAUUUGAUCCAGUUGUAGUAGUACAAGUACUAAAAGUUUGGCGGUCGAAUUCAUAUAGGUUUGCUUACCUAUAUUAAUGGAAGAUAUAGCAGCAAGAGAGGAGGGGAGGAGCCAAGAAGAAAGCCCCGUCACAUACUGUGUGACCGGAGCAUCGGGUUACAUUGGGUCAUGGCUGGUGAAAUCCCUCCUUCAAAGAGGCUACCGGGUUCACGCCACUGUCCGCAGCCCUGAGAAAUCACUGAAUCUUUUAAAAGAGUGGGAUGGAGGAGAGCGGUUGAGAAUCUUCAAAGCAGAUCUACAGGAAGAUGGGAGCUUUGAUGCUGCUGUGAGAGGUUGCAGUGGCUUAUUCCAUGUUGCUGCUUCGAUGCAAUUUGAGGUUCCAGUGGAAGAGAAUGUUGACAGUUAUGUCCAGACAAAUGUCAUUGAACCUGCAAUUAAAGGAACCUUGAAUGUCCUCAAAGCUUGCUCAAGAACGAAUUCUGUGAGAAGGGUUGUUUUUACAUCAUCAAUAAGUACUAUGACUGCCAGAGACAGCUUAGAGAACUGGAGGGAUCUUGUUGACGAAUCCUGCAAGGUUCCUAUUAAUCGUGUCUGGAAACACAAACCAACCGGAUGGGUCUAUGCAUUGACAAAGAUUCUGACAGAGGAAGCAGCCUUCCAAUUCGCACAUGAAAAUGGAAUUGACUUAAGGUCUGUGAUAACUGCGACUGUUGCUGGUCCGUUCCUCGCUUCAACAGUUCCAACAAGCCUCCGAGUUCUCUUGUCACCAAUUACAGGUGACCCUCAACUAUUACCAAUUCUAGUUGGUGUAAACUCUAGAAUGGGUUCGAUUGCUUUGGUUCACAUUGAAGAUAUAUGCAAUGCCCAUAUUUUCGUCAUGGAGGAUGCUAGAGCAGAAGGUCGGUAUAUGUGCUGCUCACGUAGUUGUGGAAUGGCUGAACUUGUUGAUUACCUCAUGGAGGAGUAUCCUUGCUCUAAUUUGCAGAGGCUUGUAAAGGCUAAGAAUGAGUCCAUUCCGGCAGAAAUUUCUUCGAAGAAGUUGACAGAUUUGGGGUUCAACUUCAAGUAUGAUGUGCAGGAUAUAAUACAGCAAGCUGUUGAGAAAUGUAUUGCCUGUGGAUUUCUACCUGGACUUCUAAAUUAGUGGAUUUAGACUCUAAAAUGACUGAAAGAAGCGGAGAAUUUUGGGGAGUGUUUGGAUACCAAAAUUAUUCCAAAUAAUAUUUUGCUUGAAUCACAAACACAUUUCCCAACCUACCUUUUUACAUUCCCAAUCCCCUUUUUAUCUCGCAUACAUCAUAUCACAAAAAAUGCUACAGUAAUUAUUCUAAAUAAUAUUUCAAAUAAUACGCUAUCCAACACUGCAAAUUGUCGAAUCUGUAGUCUUUACCAUCUACUCCCCAAAUGAGGAAGGUGUGUGGACGUGAUAAUUUAUGUGAUAGAUUAUUGCAUCUGGCAGUAAAAACCAGUGCUGAUUUUAUUAGCUUCUUCUGUACGUUCUUUCUGAUUUGGUAUGGCCCUCUUAAGAGUUCAGAUUGAAUAUCACCAUGUAAGCAGAUGACAACUUUUUAUUAUUCUACCGACUUCAAAUUCGAUU